AUGGAACCUGCUCGUGAAAGCAGUGGAAUAUACGACCAAAACUCUGAUUUUGAGGGCUCAACUGCGUCGUUAGCUGGCCAUGCUGCAUUGCCUGCCGGUUCACGGUUCUCAGAGGAUCCAGAGAUUCUACGAACGACGGUCGCCGGUGUGCCCGUUGGUACUGGAGCUGCUCAAGCCACCCCGACAGCCACUCAGUCAACCGCGCUUGACCAACCUGAAGUCACCCCCCCUCAGAACGCGGCUCCUCCGGUACCUUGGUACAAGAAGCGCAAGUUUAUCAUCUCGCAGGCUAUCAUCAUUCCCUUAGGGAUUGCUCUGCUUUUUAUCCUGCUCUUCCCUGUCGUCACCGCCAUCGUUCAGUUAGUCGUUAACAGAUCCGUCAUCAACAUCGAUGUCGCUUUUAUCACUGAGCCUCAGAACAACACGUUCAACCUCGCGUUGAGCGGUACGAUCACUCAUACCGGCAUCAUAUCGGCAAGAAUUGAGUUUACCAAACCUACCGAUGUAUCUUGGGUUCAAGACAAUGGCACGGAAACUCCCAUCGGAGCUAUGUGGUUGCAUACGCUCCAUGCUAAAGAUAAAAGAGCUGCCGUUGAUGAGCAGACCAUCUUUAACAUCAGCGAUGAAGAUGCCUUUGGUCGAUUUACUCAGCAUAUGAUUACCGCGGCAAAUUUCACUUGGAGGCUUUCGAGCGAUGACCUCAAAGUUCAAGCAGUCAAGUUUCCCGUGUCUCAUGGAAUCAAGUUCAAUAAAUAUGUCACCUUGAACGGAUUCAACAGCUUCGAUGGCAACACCAAACUAAAGGAUUUGCAGCUUCCUAGUGACAACCCAAAUGGCGGCAUCAACUUUGUCACCAUCACGACACUGUCCAAUCCCAGCCCAUUUUCUCUCAAUCUGGGAACUGUUGUUUUCGAUCUGUUCUACAAAGGCGUUGCCUUGGGAGUGGGCAUCGGCCAAGACACUAAGAUAGUUCCUGGUGACAAUGAUAUAUCCUUGGGAGGGUACUUGGUCAGGCAUGAUACCGCGGAUGAGCUUGCCGUCAUAUCGGAACUCUUCACCAACUAUCUCAAUGGCGAUGAUUCCACCGUCAUUGCUAAGGGACAAUCAACUCUCCAGAACGACGGCACUGCGAUUUCCUGGCUCAGUACGGGUUUGGAGGCACUAGAGUUGCAGGUCCCCUUCGUUUCACUCCAAGGCGCCAUUAAUCCCAUCCAGUCGAUCGCGAUCGGUGAUCUCGCAUUGUUAUUCGACACGUCUGUACCAUGGUCACCGAUAACGAAUAGCAAGACGGUUCAAGCACAAUUACUAUUACCCUUCGGGUUUUCCGUAUCUAUCGGAGCUAUCAAGAAUUCGUUCAACCUCACUAGACCGCAAGGAAUUGUCGGAGGACUGGACGUUCCUCUAGACGCCUCCGCCUCCGAUAUCAAGGUGUAUGGUGAAAAGAACACAUCUGGUCCAGUCGGCAUUGUCAUCACCGACACAAGACUAGUGACACCAGACCACCCUACAUUUGCAGAUUUUAACGUCAAUAUCACUAGUCACGCCGAAGUAGACUUCCAGAUUGUCGGCCACGCAAGGACUGUCGCGAAUACGAGUAUUGGGCAAAUUACACUGGAUCCCAUCAAUUUCAAUGUUACGUCGUCACUGAAAGGCUUGCAAGGACUGAAUGGCAUGACAAGUAUUGAGGGCGUUGAUGUACAAGGCGGCACCGAAGAAGGUAUCACUCUCGGAAUUAACGUGGCAAUUUACAACCCGUCCAAUCUAUACUUGCAGACCGGUGAUCUCCAUAUGCAGCUUAAACGCGAUGGUGUAGUGUUGGGAACGGCCCUUAUGCCCAACCUGACGUUAAAUAUGGGCAACAACACCGUGGUGGCCCAGUCUACAUUCGCUGCAAAUGAUAGCCCUCAGGGAUUGCAAACCCUAAACGAUUUCGUCGGUCGGAAAGAUGUUCAACUUUCCAUUGUUGGUUAUAAUGGAAGCACCGAGAUCGCCUCACUUUCGGAAGCGUUUCAGACACUUGACAUCGGGGUCGUCCUCCCGGGGCUGAACACGACCCUAUUGAAUCAAGCCGCUCUUGAAGUCCUGUCUACUACUGGACGAGAAAACAAUAUUAGUCACGUUUCCGUCAAUAUUCAGAAUCCUUUCACAGCAGCUCUCGGCAUCUCGAACAUCCAAUCGACCGUCAGCUCCACUGGCUUGACAUUGGGGACGAUUGAUUCUAGCAGCGCAUUCACGAUAGACGGAAAGUCUACGGCCACAUCACCCGAACUGGAUCUCAAUAUGAAUAUGUCUCCAAGUGUUUUGUUCACUCUGACUCGUAGGUUGGCAGUCGACGCGGGUCUUGAUACCGCCCAAUUGGACGGAAUCGUUGGCAUCGGGGGGAUCUCGUAUGUGGAUGGAACCGAUGCACCCUCUUCGAAGCGCGAUACUCAGAGUAACAUAUACACCGGAUUCAAUCUCCCUCAAUUUGUCCAACAAGCAUUCUCGAAGCUCGAAACCGACGUGGAACUUACGACUGGUUUGAAGAUCGGCGAUUAUAGUACCACGCUCAAGUAUACGCAGAGUGGCGUGAAGACAAACACUGAUGACUCACUUGAUCUCAUACUACCUAUCUUGGCUCAACCAAUUGUUCAGAAGGUCGUGUCUCAAUCGCUUCUCAGCAUUGACAAUGUCCUUAUUUCCGAUCCUCGACCGGAAUCCUUCACUGCUGCAAUGACAGGAAGUAUCACCAAUGCGGGACCAUUCGACGCUGUCAUCGCAUUUACAUCCGGUUUAUCCGUCUCCUGGAAUGGAAAGUCAUUAGGGUCUAUUGAGAUGGACAAUAUAACAGUAAUUGGUGAUGUUGGCGCCGGUUUUAAUGUCCAGUCCCAGUUCACUGUCGCCGACGUUGAUCACUUAACCGAGUUUACUAAAGUAUUGGUGACGGAGGAAUCUUUUGAAUGGAUCAUCUCGGGUGACAAUCUGACUGUCAGUGCGCUGGGCAUUGAUGUCGGUCAAAUUUCCUUGUCGGAUAAGACGGUCACAUUGAAGGGCAUGAACAACCUAAAUGGUGGCGUCACGAUCACUGGCUUCAACCUGCCUGAGAAUGAUCCUGAUGGUGGAAUUCAUCUCACUCUAGAGGCCACUGCGACCAAUCCUUCCCAAGUCGGUAUCAACCUCAGCUCAAUAGGCUUCGAAACCUAUUUCGACAACGUCAUGAUCGCUCCCGUACUUUCGGAGGAAGGCCUUACAUUGUCACCGGGCGGCACUUCCAAUCUCUCUCUUGUCGGCCGUCUGAUCCCUCAGGACUCGGAUGAAGGCUUAUCGGCGGUCUCGACCUUGUUCAACAAUUUCAUCCAUGGAAAGGACAGUAACAUCGUCGUUCAUGGUGCUAGUGCAGGUCCUGAAGAUGUAAUCUGGCUCAACCAAGGUAUCAAGAGUCUGCAAGUGGCUUCAGUCCUUCCUAAUCAGGGCGUCCUAAGUAUCAUCCAGUCUGUCGAUCUCUUGCAGCUGGAAAUAGACUUCACGGAUGAUACCGCAUAUAAUCCGGCGACAAGCAGUGAUUUUUCUCAGGCUGCGUUCACUCUUCCUUUCGGCUUCCCCGUAGAUAUACAGGCGCUUGAACAGAACAUUAUCGUUGGCUAUGGUGGUCAGGACUUUGCGCAGCUGAUGAUUCCGAAGUCACCAGCUAGCACAGAUGUGGAUACUCGCAUCAUCACCUUGACUUUCAGCAACGUACCUUUCGCAGUCUUUGACAGCACGCAUUCCAUCUUUGAUGCCUUCCUAGCAGCAACUACCAUGGGAUCUAAGGAGACCUUGACUUUGACCGGGUCAGCCAAUGCCGACGCAAGUACCGCUGUUGGCCUACUCUCUUUAAGCGAGAUCGCAUUUUCCGUGGAAACUUCAAUCGAUGGUUUGCAAGGUCUCAAAGCGCAACCUGUCACCGUCAGUGACCUGGAUGUCAACCAUGGUUAUCCGGACUACCUACUUAUCAAAGUCAACAGCGUACUUUACGAUCCAAGUAACUUGACUAUUGGCACGGGCGAUGUUUCUUUUUUGUUCUCCUACCAGGACCAAGUGGUUGGCACCGCGAACAUAGCCGACCUAGUAAUCAAACCUGGCAAUGGAAGCUAUCCCACAGAUGUCCGCUUUUCCCCCCAAGGACCAGACGCAGCGUCGGCAGGACUGACACUCCUGGAAAAUUACAUACAAGGAGUCGAUGCGGAAACCUCCAUUACCGGUAGUACAGAUUCUACCUCGAUCGAGUCUUUACAGACGGCGCUCUCUGAGAUCGUCCUGUCUCCCGUUACUAUACCUGCCAUGCACGACACGCUGAUCAAAAGUACCUCCUUAACGUUCCCGACCGAUAUCGUGAACACAGGAAUUGCUCAGGCUUCCUUCACUCUUGCCAAUCCGUUUACGGCUAGCAUCAAUCUAUUCACGGUCGGUGCCACUGCGACAUAUCAAGGGCUGACACUAGGCACAAUCCAAAAUGUAGAUGUUUCAUCCAAUCCGAUCCACGCUAAUGGGCACAGUAGCGUUGAUUCACAAUCAUUGGACAUGAAAUACAACUUGGACAGGUUGACUAUUGUCCAUUUUUUGGGACUUACGGCUCAAGCCAACGGCGUCGAUCUUGGACCACUAGUCGACAUGUUCCAGUUACUUGUUGCCAAUCCAGACUACAAUCCUCCAGUCACCACAACGGUAGACACUCAAGCUUCUAGUUGCUCUAGUGGCAACCAGUUUGAUGUCGCAGGUGCGAUCAUGAAGGCACUCCAAAAUCUGAAGGUCGACCUCGCAAUUGAUUCGUCACUCAAACUUGACGACUUCGCAGUAGACCUGUCCUUUAAGCAAAACGAUGUUCCAGCCAUAACCGAUAAAACUGCUCUUUAUCUGAUAGGCGCUGUCGCCGGACCUAUUGCACAAAAUCUAGUGGAUGCUUCUGUUCUGCAAUUCACUGAAGCAGACAUCUCAAAUAUUUCAAAUGACGGCCUGGAUCUUUCUCUGCGUGGCUCUCUGACUGGAACUGGUCCACUAGAUGCACUCAUUACUUUCACAGAGCCUGUCACCGUAAAUUGGGAGGGUCAUGACAUCGCGCUGAUCGAUCUCGAGCCAAUUUGUGCUGCCGCCAACGUCGGAGUACCCGACUACGAGACUCAAGCAAGACUUACGAUAACAGACCAAUCACAAUUUACUCAAUUUGCGAUUUACCUGCUUCAUAACGAAGACUUCUCAUGGACAAUAUCAACCAACAAACUUCGUCUAACAGCAUUAGGAACGAUUUUCGACAAUGUGUCGCUGGAGAAGACCGUCACUUUCAAAGCAUUCAAUAACUUGCCAGGUGUUACAAUUAGCAACUUCAGCUUGCCAUCCGAUGACGUAGACGGAGGCAUUCAUAUCGAAACGGAUGUAUCAAUACAAUCACCGUCGCAAAUUGGUAUUGAUCUAGGAACGGUCGUAUUCCAGUCAUAUUACGAGGGAACGCACGUUGGACCCCUAACCGCCACUGGCUUGAUUCUGACAGCCAGCUCAGAGACUUCAUCACAUUUCUCUGGGCGCAUAAUGCCUCAAAGCGGCCAUGACCUGAACACCAUUGGACAGCUCUUCUCUACCUUUUUGGCUGGAGGAAAUUCUACCUUGGUAACGACCGGCGAUUCUGUCCAGCCCAGCGGAUCUAGCGGGGCAGUGGACUGGCUUAGCGCUGCCUUCAAGACCCUAUCUCUUAACGUCGUUUUAUCCGGUCAGAUGUUUAAUGUCAUACAAUCUGUGGAACUCUCGGAUCUGGAAGUGACAUUACAAAACGACGACCAGACUUGGGCACCUCCGACGAGUUCCCGCAACACGCUAGCGACAUACAAAAAUCCCUUCGGAUUCUCCUUACAAGUGUUUGAAGCUGCACAAAAUAUUGUGAUGACUUCAUUGGACGGAACGGAGAUAGCUUCACUCGAUUUGCCGAAAGCCGCUGCUGACGGUGGCGUGUCUACGGGCAAUGUGGUGAACCUUGACAUUCAGUGGGAGAACCAGAUUCUGAAAUCUCUCAACAAUGAAGCGUUCGAAGCAUUGUUUGCCGCUGUAACUUUGCUCGACGAGGCGGACCUAAAACUCAAAGGAACGGCGGACGUUACAGCUCACACAGCAAUUGGGGAUGUACCUAUAUCGGGGAUCCCCCUCGACGUAUCAUCAUCUUUGAAGGGUAUGAACUCCUUUGGGGGUUCCGCGGCCUUGAGCAAUGUAUCUGUAAUUGGAAGUGGGGGAGAUGAAGGAGAUGAGUUCAUUGUUGCGCCACUGACGACGACGAUACAGAAUCCGUCAAAUGUGACUCUCCAUACAAUUGAUAUUGCGCUGCCAGUCAUGUAUCAAGGCGUGAUGAUCGGGAGGGCGGCAAUUAAUCCGUUCGAUUUGCUUCCAGGAGAAAUAGCGUUUCCCACAGAAUUCCACUAUGAGCCAAGCGAUGCGAACGAUACUAUAGCUCAGGCCUUCUUGACUCGAUUCUUGACCACUGGAGACGAUAUACCUUUGACGAUUCAUGGCGAUGCCCAAAGUACACCGUUUGCAUCACUCCAGGAAGCCCUAGCAGGGCUACAGCUGACGACAAUGCUUCCAGGUAUGGACCAGACGAACAUCAUCGCAAGCAUUCAUGUUAUCAUCACCCUCGACAGUCUUGUUACGAAUCUCGUCACUGUCACUGUUUCGAUUCACAAUCCGUUAGAUGCUCCGAUGGUAAUUGAGUACGUUCAAUCUGAAGCAUCCGUCGAAGGGGUAGUCUAUGCUUCCUUUGGUCAUUCGUUCGGGGAGGACUUUGUCAUUCAACCCGGAGAGACGACGGUGUCUCCUGAAAUUGAUGGAGUGUUGCUUACGCAGGGUGCAUUGGCGUCUUUGGCCAUCAUACCAUUGGGAUUUCUCGACGUCUCUACAGCGAACACAGUCAGGAUUGGGACGGGCGGGUACCAGCUACCAUGGUUGAAGCUAGCGCAAGAUACUGUGCCGACGACGUAUGACUUGGCUUUGUCAUUUUCCGAACUGAAAGCGCAGGCGGGGAGGUUGAGUGCGUCAUCCGCUGAAGCUACGGCGUCAACUUCGGCGUCUUUGGGUAGUUCAUCCAGUGGAACAUCGCCAACUAUAUCUCCGUCGUCAUCAUCCGUGGAGCAUGCGUCAGUUACCGCUUCAGCGGCGACGGGCACGAGCUCAGUGAAUGAGUCUCCUGCUCCAACGUCGUCAAUAGCAACAUCAGCUGAAGUUGCCGAGACUUUAAUAACAAUGCUGUCGGGAAGCGGUAGUAUCACUGACAUCGGUGAUUCAUCUACUGGAAUUAUGAGGCCUCGGCAGACUGACAUUCUGUAAACUUGAUAGCUGCACACUGCUCUUAUAAUGAUAAUGAUUUGUAUCUGGACACUGUAUUGUUUCAUCUUCCAUCGCACAGAGGCAGCUUCAUGUCUUUUAUGAUCAUAAUUUUAUUCUUAUCAGCACUCCAACUUGUUCCACGUAUUAUCACUUGCUAUUCUAGCGAACAGAGACUCAACUGUGCAUGUAUAGCAUAGCAAUGAAAAAUUUCAUGAUGUCUGUCAAAGGAUCAGGAAUGCACUUUGCUUCCGGCCUCAACGUAACUCGGGGAUAAUGUGCCCACUGCCGCGGACAUAUGUUACAUUGUUACAUAUGACUAGAGAAAAACCUUCCGCGGGAGCAAAAAUUCCGUCACCUUAGAGAUUCGAACUCUAGCGGGCAAAGC